AGUGUGGUCGCUAAAUGUCACUCUCACACUUCAGUAAACAAAAAAGCGCGGGAAAUAUUCUCUGGAAUUGUGAUUUUGGAUAUUUUUCGAUGCAAUUGAAGCGACUUUUGCAAAGAAUUACCCUUCUGUAUCCUUGCCGAGAGGAUCUGGUGGGGAGUCUCUACCAGUUUUUGGGUUAUAGUAGUGAAAUUCUCCCGGAGGCUAUUUAUAUCAGCGGUCCACCGUGUUCAGGAAAAACAGUAAUCCUCACGACAAUUUUGCGCUACCUCAGUGGCAUCCACUAUGCUGUCGUGGACUGCCUGGAGUGCUAUACAUCCAAGCUCCUCUUUGAGGACAUUAUCGAUAGUCUAAAUUGCCAUGAGCUCAAUUACACCAACGGAUUUGCACCUCUCGUGAAGUGCGACAACCUCAGAAGUUUCCUUCUGGAACUGAGACGAGGAUUCAAGGAAGAACCUGUAGUAAUUGCCCUCAAGAAUGCCGAGAAACUCCGUGAUAUGGAUGCUAAUAUUCUCCCAGCAUUUCUGCGCCUCAGAGAACUGAGUGGCAUCAAUGUCUGCUGCAUUCUAAUUGGUCAGAUACCCUUUGAGAAGUUCUUCCCGAAAACCGGAUUACCCAGUAUCAUCCGAAUUAAAGUGCCACAGUACACAAAGGAGCAAAUUGAGAUGAUUUUACUGAAGGAAUUUACAAAAAUGCAGAAUUCUCUCAAGGAAAAAAUUCGCUGCAACUCUCAGAACUCCAAGGAAGAGUAUCUCAAGAGAUUAGAGAUUAUCUCAUCUUUCGACCUGAAUUUCUACAGGAACUACCUCAAUACUUUCUUACACAUGUUCUACCGUGUCUGUCGGAAUCUCAUUCAGCUGCGAAUGGUGGCUGAGGAAUGUUUUGAGAAGUAUUGCGAACCGAUCUUCAGUGAUCCUUCCACAAGCACCAACGCCAAUAUGCUCUGGAGAAAUAUCUCCGGGACACUCAAGGAUGCCCUGGAGACACUCUACACGAGACUCAAUGCUUCUUCCAUUGAAAGUACUCAGCUAAGUUUACAGAAGCGGGAAAUGAAAGAUUUUAUCCAAAUCGUUGAACUACCUUUCUAUGCCAAGUAUCUCCUGAUUGCCGGCUACUUGGCGAGUCACAAUCCUGCCAAAGAGGACAAGAGGCUGUUCGUGAAGGAUCACGGAAAGCAGAGGAAACGCUUAAAAACCGUCAAUGCCAAAGCCAAAGUUUCCGAGAAGACCAUGCUCCUUCAGGGGCCAGCUACCUUCUCUGUGGAUCGUCUUCUGGCCAUCUUUCAUGCCAUAAUUGACCAGAAGGUCUGCCUGACGUGCGAUCUCCUGGCACAGAUAUCAACCCUCGUGGAAUUGGGUUUCUUCACACGAACCUCAACGGAUCGCAAUAUCCUCGAGGGAUCAGCCAGAUUCGUGUGUGGCCUGCAAGUGAGUGUCAUCAUGCGGAUUGGGGAGAUGGUGGGUUUCAAUGUUAGCCGAUACCUCUGCGAUCUUUUGUAAAGUGGUUGAAAAAAAAGGAAUAAAAAUCUGUAGCAAAA